UCCAUAUUUUCAGACCACUUUAACCUACUACUCCCUUUACUCUUUUAAGCACUAGGGUCUUCCUUAAAUUCCCUUUUCUGAUAAUUCUACUUCAUACCCACAUCAUAUUUUGCUGUAAAAAUCAAAUCUUUCAACAAAAAGAUUCAAGAAACAUAAUUCUACUUCAUACCCACAUCAUAUUUUGCUGUAAAAAUCAUAUCUUUACACAAAAAGAUUCAAGAAUUCAACAUGUUUCAGAGGUUGGGGACGAUUGGAGCUAUCUAAAUUGAGUUGCAGAUCUUCUUGGUGGGUUUGAGAUCAUCACAAUUCAAAGCUCAGAAAAGGUAAUGAUGGCAAUGUCUUGCAAGGAUGAUAAAGGGGGGAUAAUGGAUAAUGGGAAAUAUGUUAGAUACACACCAGAGCAGAUUGAAGCACUUGAAAGAGUUUACCAUGAAUGUCCGAAACCGAGUUCUCUUCGUAGGCAACAGCUUAUUCGCGAAUGCCCUAUUUUAUCUAACAUUGAGCCCAAACAAAUCAAAGUUUGGUUUCAGAAUAGAAGAUGUAGAGAAAAACAAAGGAAAGAAUCUUCACGUCUUCAUAGCGUGAAUCGAAAGCUGGCAGCUAUGAACAAGCUUUUAAUCGAAGAAAAUGAAAGAUUGCAGAAACAAGUGUCACACCUUGUGGGUAAAAACGGCCCCCUUCGGCCAAAUACGGCACAUGCUACUAACGACACUAGUUGUGAGUCGGUUGUGACAAAUGGUCAACGCCGAUUGACACCUCAGCACCCGCCACGGGAUGCUAGUACUCCUGCAGGACUUUUGUCCAUUGCAGAGGAAACUUUAGCAGAGUUUCUUUCGAAGGCAACCGGAACCGCUAUUGAGUGGGUCCAAAUGCCCGGAAUGAAGCCUGGUCCGGAUUCCAUUGGAAUCGUUUCUAUUGCUCAUGGUUGCAAUGGUGUGGCAGCACGAGCAUGCGGUUUGGUUGCUCUCGAGCCUACAAGGGUCGCUGAAAUCCUCAAGGAUCGCCCCUCGUGGUUUCGUGAUUGCCGAGCGGUUAAUAUCCUCAACGUGCUACCUACCGGAACCGGUGGAAGCAUUGAGAUCCUAUACAUGCAGCUUUAUGCUCCAACAACUUUGGCUACGGCUCGUGACUUUUUGUUGUUACGCUAUACUUCCGUUACUCAAGAUGGCAGUUUAGUGGUUUGUGAAAGAUCACUAACAAACAUCCAAAAUGGUCCGAGCAUACCGCCGGUUGCAAACUUUGUGCGGGCCGAAAUGCUGGCUAGUGGGUACUUGAUUAGACCAUGUGAAGGCGGUGGGUCAAUUAUUCAUAUUGUGGAUCAUAUGGAUCUAGAGGCAUAUAGCGUGCCGGAAGUCUUGCGCCCGUUAUAUGAAUCGUCAACCAUGCUCGCUCAAAAAAUGACAAUUAUGGCGUUACGCCAACUGAGGCAAAUUGCUCUUGAAGUGUCACAAUCCGGUGCCCCUAAUAAUUGGGGCCGAAGACCCGCAGAAUUACGGGCACUUAGUCAGAGGUUAAGCAGGGGUUUUAACGAGGCUCUAAACGGCUUUACUACUGAGGGAUGGUCAUUAAUGGCUACUGACGGAGUUGACGACGUUACCGUUCUUGUGAACUCUUCACCUGAAAAACUUAUGGGGUUGAUUCUACCAACUCCUAACGGUUACUCGUCGGUUACUAACGUUGUUUUAUGCGCCAAAGCAUCAAUGCUCUUACAGAACGUUCCUCCGGCUCUCCUUCUUCGGUUUUUAAGGGAACACCGUUCAGAAUGGGCAGAUUACAAUAUCGAUGCUUAUACGGCUGCUGCGGUUAAACUCGGUCCUUGUAGCUUACCAGGGGGGCAAAUUGGUAAUUUUGGAGGUCAAGUGAUUCUUCCCCUGGCCCACACAAUCGAACAUGAAGAGUUGUUGGAGGUUAUAAAAAUGGAGGGUGUCGGGCAUUGUGCCGAAGACGCGUUAGUAUCGGGAGACAUGUUUCUCCUACAACUAUGCAAUGGAAUGGAUGAGAACGCUGUCGGCAUGUGUGCUGAGCUCAUAUUUGCUCCGAUAGACGCUUCUUUUGCCGAUGAUGCACCUCUUUUGCCUUCCGGUUUUCGUAUCAUUCCUCUUGAUCCGAUUAAGGGUGGUUCGAGUCCUAAUCGCACACUUGAUCUUGCUUCCGCUCUUGACAUUGGUGGGUCCAGGACUAGACCUUCAAGUAAUUACUAUGUUGCUAGUGGCAGUGCAAGAUCGGUGAUGACAAUUGCGUUUGAAUUUGCUUGUGAGAGCCACAUGCAAGAAACCGUAGCCGCUUUAGCCCGCCAAUAUGUUCGAACCGUUAUAUCUUCGGUUCAAAAGGUUGCAUCGGCUCUAUCUUCUAACAUGAACUCUAAUGGUGCCCUUCAGGCGCCAUUAGGCACCCCUGAAGCGCAUAUUUUAGCUCGAUGGAUUUCCCGCAGUUAUAGCUUCUACUUGGGGGCGGAGCUGCUUAAAUCCGGAAAUGAAAGAAGUGAAAACGUUCUGAAAUUACUUUGGAGCCAUUCAGAUGCAAUCAUGUGCUGUUCUCUUAAGGCAAUGCCCGUGUUCACGUUUGCAAACCAAGCUGGGCUGGAUAUGCUCGAGACAACUUUGGUUGCACUUCAAGACAUAAGUUUGGAGAAAGUUCUCGAUGAACAUGGGCGAAAAGGUCUUUUCACAGAAUUUGCUCAGAUAAUGCAACAGGGCUUCGUGUGUCUUCAAGGAGGAGUGUGUUCGUCUAGCAUGGGGCGACCGGUUUCUUACGAGCGAGCAGUGGCAUGGAAAGUAGUGAAUGAAGAAGAAAAUGCGCAUUGUCUUGCCUUUAUGUUCAUCAAUUGGUCGUUUGUUUAAGUAAUAGUAUGUAUUUAAGUUAUGAGAGUAUUUAUGUAUGGAUGGAUGGAUGUCUUUUGGAGAUAUUUAUUACUCUUGUGGUAUGUACAACUUUGCAUGCAUGGAAUUAUUUGUUAUUUAUUUUGGUUUAUAAAAUCCACUUAUUUUGUUUUGAACA